GUUGACAUUCUUUCAGAGACCCUUGACUUUCCAUCAUGCGUUCCGUUACCGUUUCCAGCCUGGUUGUUUUCAUACAUUUGCUCACGGCUACUUUGGCUGCGUCUGGGGCUGGCAAAUCCACGAGAUACUGGGACUGCUGCAAGCCAUCUUGCGCGUGGCAGCAAAAGGCAUCCGUCAACCGUCCAGUUCUAACCUGCGACAAGAAUGAUCUCCCUCUGGGUCCCGACGCCAAGAGUGGCUGCGAAAGCGGUGGUUCUGCAUACACAUGCACCAAUCAAGCUCCUUGGGCCGUCAACGAUCUCGUGUCCUUUGGAUUCGCAGCUACAGCUAUCAGUGGCGGUACCGAGGCUAGUUGGUGUUGCGGUUGCUACGCCAUAACGUUCACAUCCGGCAAAAACAAGGGCAAGGUUAUGGUUGUGCAGUCUACCAAUACAGGCGGUGACUUGGGCAGCAACCACUUCGACAUCAUGAUGCCCGGCGGCGGUCUGGGGAUAUUUGACGGCUGCACGAGCGAGUUCGGAUUCCAGUUUCCUGGCGCUCGUUACGGUGGUGUCUCAAGCCGUAGCGAGUGUUCUUCCCUGCCUGCCAAGCUCCAAAGCGGUUGCCAAUGGAGGUUCGAUUGGUUCAUGAACGCGGACAACCCGAGCUUGUCCUUCACUCAGGUUCAGUGCCCAUCAGAAUUGGUGGCCCGGUCAGGCUGUCGCCGCUCCGACGAUGCCAGCUUCCCUGCCUUUCAAAUGCCGACCAACACAAAAUGGGAGCCGCCGCAGCCCACCGAAACGGCGGGGCCACACGAGCAGUGCGAUAGCACUGCAUGGGAUGUACAGAAGAAGGUUUGUGUACCUCUGGCUACUACUGUAAAUAUAUUAUUGGCAAUGCGUCCAAGGCACCAAUCCCACGGCGGCGUCGUCUUCGUCGAGUUCAAGAGCAUCUCCGACGACGACGACGACGACGACGACAAGCGCAAGCCUGCCGGCCUCCACUACGGCGGCUUCUCAAGCAAUCUCAACCACCAGCCACACACCCUCCACAUCCAGCUCCGCAUCAGUCAUAUCCACGAUAAAGUCCGUCCCGGUAGGGGGGACGGCAUCCGUCUGGGCUCAGUGCAACGCCAGCUCCUGGCCCACGCCUUCAGCAUGCGCCGCUGGUGCUGCCUGUGUGUCGUUGAACCCGUUCUAUUGGCAGUGCCAGCCUACGGGAGUAUGAACUGGACAAGAAUUCGACCCUCACAAUUGCAGGAUACCCUAUAAUAUUUAUCACUGUCAUCAGUCACAUGAUAAGGGGCAUAUGCCGGAGGACCCGUGACCCGGGCGGGAGAUUGCCAUGUUUCCUUUCCAGGUCAUACACAUAGAAUAUGUAGGGUUCCAAGUAGACCGCAAGAUCAAUGAUUUUAUCUAUUAUACCGAAACCAUGGCCCUGGUAAGUGACUACACAUCCAUCCAGCUCAAGUGGGUGUUAGGUUUCACGCCAACACGCCACCCUAAACGUCCAUUCCGACAUUCUCGCCAUCG